UCUCUCUUCCUCCUCAUCCUCUUCCUCCUCUCUCCAUCUCGUCAGUAUCUGCUCUCUCCUCCCGUCUCUCCUUCAGUCUGCGCGCUGUGGUCCUGCUGUGCACCGCGAUCAGCGCUCUGCCAACCAGAGGAGGAGCUAAAACAGGCACGCGCACUCUCAGACAUCCCACAUCAUCAUCAUCACCACCACCACCACCAUCAUCAUCAUCUCUGCUGCACGCUCACUGUCAGCACCAGCCAGGCCUGUUCAGAGCAGGGGAGCCCAGCCGAUCCGUCGCCCACAAUGGAUGUACUGAUGAAAGGCUUCUCCAUGGCCAAGGAGGGGAUGGCGGCUGCUGCAGAGAAGACCAAAGCAGGGAUGGAGGAGGCAGCAGCCAAGACUAAAGAAGGGGUGAUGUAUGUAGGAAGCAAGACAAAGGAAGGAGUUGUGUCCUCAGUAAACACAGUGGCCAACAAGACCGUGGACCAGGCCAACAUCGUGGGAGACGCGGCGGUCGCCGGGGCCAACGAGGCGUCACAGGGAACCAUCGAGGGCGUGGAGAACGUCGCUGCGUCAACCGGGAUGGUCAGUCAGGAGGAGCCCAUAUAUGAGGGAGAGUAUGGAGGAAUGGAGCAAGGAGGGGAAGGAGGAGAGGGGUACUAGUCUCCUUCCGGACCCUCCAGCUGCCCCUCGCCUUCCUCGCCUCGCCGUACCAGACUCCAGAUGUUCAGCAUAUUUUUUUGUGACUUUUCGGAAC